AUGUUAAUAAAAGUUAAGACUCUCACAGGCAAGGAGAUUGAGAUAGACAUAGAACCUACAGAUAAGGUCGAGAGGAUCAAAGAAAGAGUAGAAGAAAAAGAAGGCAUUCCACCGCAACAACAGCGGCUAAUCUUUUCUGGUAAACAAAUGAAUGAUGAGAAGACAGCCCAGGAUUACAAAGUGCAAGGGGGUUCAGUCCUUCAUCUUGUAUUAGCGCUGCGAGGGGGAAAG